AUCUCUCUCUCAUUCGGUGUGCCGCCAUCGUCGGUGAUAGACGUCUGUUUGAUAGAGUGACCGCCAUCAUCUUUUCCUUUUCCCAACAGCCAAACCCUGUGCACGCACACAACUCAUCAUCAACGACCCCGUGUGUACACACAACUCGCUGUGUGUUUCGUGAUUCCCGACCGCCCACUUUUUUUUUUUUCCCGUCGUUGAAUUACCUUUUUUUUUUCUUCUUACUUCUCAGUUGGUCGGUGUCUGAUGAUUGCUGUUUGCGUGGCAGUGUUGGUUUUUUCUGCUCGUUCACUUGUUUAAUUUUGUUGUAUUUAUUUUUUUUGGUUUCGCCCGCUGUUGGCGUUAUCGUUGCUGGGCAAUUAUCGCGUUGAAAAUUGUGUGUUGAUGACCGGAUCGUGUGUUUGUGUGUUUUCGACGAAAAAAGUUGGAUGUGAACGGGUGAAAGUUUUGUGGAAAUGCGACGACCCAAUGGCUCUUUGGGCCGCAUCCCUUCACCUUGUUAUUCGCCAGAGAGCUGCUGUUGCACCAGCAACACACGGCUGAUGCUCCUCUUGCCCAUUGUCGUGUGAAAUUCAAUAGCCGUGUAAAGAGUGGAGCCAGCCAAAGCUGUUUGGGUCCUUUUCAUACGCGCCCCCCUGUUAUUUCAGUAGUUUUUUGUACGUUUUUUUAAAAGCCCAGGCCCUUAUUCUUUAUCUUUAGCAACGGUGCAGAUGGCAGUUUAAUGUGACCGGCCCGAUCCCUAUCCGAUAUUAUAAAGAUAAUCUUCAAAAAAAAAAAAAAACUCUUGACAAUAACAGAAAAAUAGAACCCCCCCUCGAAAAAAAAAAAAACUUUCAAAAAGACACAAAAGAAUUAAAUGUAAAUGACGCGGAGGAAAUAAAAAAAAAUACUGACAAAAGGACAAACCACCCACGGGAGGAAAAGAUCUUGAUGUGAUAAAUCGACGUCAUAAUUCACGUUCAAAAAAUUUUGAAAGAAAAAAAAAAAAUUUAUAAGUCGAGACAACAAGAAGACAUUCCAAAGAGCUUCCUAGGCAGCAGCAACGCAUUGAAAAGGAAGAGAAUAAGAGGCGCACAUCCCAACAUUCUAAAAACCUUUAUUUUUUGCGUUCUUACAAGUCAUAUUGCGAGUGCCGUGCGCAAGAGUGGGAAAAACAUUCAAAGAACAAUUCAACCAAAAAAAAAAGGAUAUGGCCGCCAUGAAGAGGAAACGAUCCGCAAAAAGCAACAACGGCCAUCAUCUCGGCGUCGUUGAAACAGGCCGGAAUUGUUAUUUACUAUGCUGGUUGGCCAUUGGAGUCACACUGUGCGGCGCCAGUUUCCAUUAUGAAGCGCCGUCAGAUUGCCAAUGGACGUUGAUGAAUUCGUCAAUGUCUUUAUCGAAUUCAAUGUCGUCGAGCGGUGGAACAGGCGCCGGAUCGACGGGUCAUUCGGCUCUGCCAAUCGCCGGCCUCGGUCCUAACGACGUGGCACUCCAUUGCCGACUGCGUACCAUCAACAGUCAAUUCGAUCAGACCAAUUUCUCUGUGGUACCGCGUGAACACACCGCUUCCCUCACGAUCGAAUGCAGUGAUUCGCUACUCUACCAAAGCUUUCUGCAUCCGCACAGCUUCAGUCAUUUGCACCACCUGCGUCAACUGGCCAUCGAUUACUGCAAGCUGGGCCAGCUGGCUCGCGGAGUGUUUCACGGCUUGCGCGAUCUUCGAUCGUUGGCUAUUCGAUCGCACAACGACGUCUGGCCGGCUAUGAAUCUGGACUUGAGUCGCGACAGCUUAGCUCACGAUAUUGGCCAGCUGGAAAGGCUGGAUCUCAGUCGCAACAAUAUACUGACCUUCCGCAAUCAGCUGUUUUGCGACCUGACCAAUCUGCAGUUCCUCAACGUCAGUCACAAUCGGCUGGCCGAUUUGCACGAUUUGGGAUUGAAUUUUGAAACGAUCGAUUCGGACCAAAGUGCUUCCACUCCGCCCAGCUCGACAUCAGUGGCUCCCGGAUAUUGUCCGACUCCGUUGACGACGGUGGACGCAUCGUACAAUCAGCUGACGGCGCUGACAAGCCGCGGAGUGGCAGCCCUGCGCCACUUGCGCAUUCUCAAACUGGACCACAAUAAAAUCCAGCAUCUGGAUGACGGAGCUCUGGGGCCUCUGGAGCAACUCGAACAACUGGACCUGUCCGUCAACCAAGUCGAGAGGAUUCCAGAAACAUUCCUGACGUCAGCGGCCGCAUUGAAGGAGCUCAAUUUGAGCAACAACACGUUGUCCGUGCUUCCGGCCGGCGCUUUGUCAUCGCAGAGACAUUUGGAAGUGUUGCAAUUGUCCUGGAAUCGACUCACUUUGUCGAACGGAAGCCUAUUCGAUAACCUGGUGCGUUUGGUCGUGCUGGAUUUAUCGCACAAUCAAAUCGGUCGCAUCCGCCGCCCGCUCUUCAAGGACUUGUACAGUUUGCAAGUUUUGAAAUUGGAUUCAAACGCCAUCGAGGCCGUGGAGGCGGGCUCGUUCGCUUCGCUGAGCAAUUUGCAUACGCUCGACUUGUCGGAUAAUAAAUUAGCCUUCAUCGAGAGCCAUUAUUUCAACGGUCUAUUGGUGUUGAAUCAAUUGAAACUCAAUGGAAAUUGGCUGGUCGGAUUGGACGGCGAAACGUUCCGCAAUUGUUCCAAUUUGGAAGAGCUCCACCUGCAAGAUAAUCGACUGGAACGGUUGCCUUCCAGCUUCCAAACGCUGACUCUGUUGAAAACACUGGACCUGUCGCAUAAUCGCAUCCGGUUCAUCAACGCCACUUCGUUGAGGGGACUCAAGAAUUUGCAUCAUCUGAGGCUAUCAGGCAAUCAAAUCAAGACGAUCCGACAGGCUUCUCUUCCGCCGCUGGGAUUGCUGAAAAGCCUGGACGUGUCGCAUUCGUCGUUGCAGACGGUAGAGAGGGGCGCGCUGGACGGACUGACCGGAUUGGAAACGCUUUACCUUAACGGCAAUAAUCUGAGUAGCCUGGAACACGUCGUCCAGAAUCUUCCGCACUUGACGCGGUUGAACGUAUCGGACAACGACCUCCGCUGGUUCGAUUACGCUCUUCUACCUACCGGACUGCAGUGGCUCGAUUUGCAUAAAAAUCAAGUGGAAGAGCUGGGCAACUAUUUGCGACUGGAGAGCCACCUGAAAUUGGAGACCCUGGACGCCAGUUACAACCGGAUCGCGUCCAUUGGAGCCUCUUCUUUGCCGCACGGAUUGAAAGUGGCCACGCUCAGUGAUAACCAAAUCAGCGUUGUCGAACCCAACACGUUCGUCGACAAGGCCAAUUUAUCGCGUGUCGAUCUCUACGGCAAUCAACUGGUCACGUUGAACCUGAACGCCCUGCGGCUUAGCCCGGACGUCCAAGUCUUGCCUGAAUUCUACCUGGGCGGCAAUCCAUUCCAAUGUGAUUGCGACAUGGAAUGGCUCCAGCGGAUUAACGCACUCAACAAUGCCGGCCAAUAUCCUCGAGCUAUGGAUUUAGAUUCCAUUUAUUGUCGACUGUCUUACGGACGUGGAUCACGCUCAGUCACGCCGCUAGUAGAAGCCACUUCAUCCGAUUUCCUGUGCCCGUACCGGACGCAUUGCUUCGCCCUGUGCCAUUGUUGCGACUUCGACGCUUGCGAUUGCGAAAUGACUUGCCCGACCAAUUGUUCGUGUUAUCACGAUCAGUCGUGGUCCACCAACGUAGUCGAUUGUUCGGGCGGAGCUGAAAUCUUGACCGACAUUCCUUCGCGGAUCCCGAUGGACGCCACGGACGUCUACCUGGACGGAAACAAUCUCAGCCAGUUGAGCAAUCACGCGUUUAUCGGUAAGAAGAACUUGAGGACGUUGUUGCUCAACAACUCGGCUGUUGCCUCUUUGCACAAUCACACGUUCAGCGGGCUGAAACGAUUGUUGGUCCUCCACCUGGACCGCAAUGAAUUGACGGAAUUGUCCGGCUACGAAUUCGAGCCGUUGGAGAACCUGCGCGAACUUUACCUUCAAAACAACAGGAUCGCUUUCGUUCACGUCAAAACGUUCGGCCACCUGAGAAGUUUGCAGGUGUUGGAUGUGAGCGGCAACCAGCUGGUACGUUACGAUGCUGGCCAGCUGUUGACGGCCAACCCUUACCUGCGCUCGCUGUGGCUGGCCGAUAAUCCGUGGUCGUGUCAAUGUGAUUUCGUCCGGCCUCUGCGCGAUUGGCUCCAAUCGACCAGAGCGCAGAUCGACGACCAGGACGCCGUCAGCUGUUCGCCGCUCGGAUUACAGAUCCUGAUAGCUAACGAAAGUUGCCCGACUUCGGACGGAUCGUCCGUCUUAUUGAGCCCUUACCAGCCAGCCGAUUGGUGGCUAUUAAUGGCCGCUACCUUCUCAUUGGCGCUGGUUAUCCUAUCGGCCGGAAUUUGCCUGUGCUGCUGCCGCCGCCAAUUGCGGCUGUUGCUCUUCAGCCAAUGCGGCGUGCGGAUGUGUUACAAUCACGACGAAGAAUCAGCUGACAGCAAACCGUUCGACGCUCUUGUGAUCUACAGCGCCAAGGACGACGUCCUGCUCAAAGACACGCUGGCCCGGCUGGAACGCAAGACCUACCAGUUGUGCCUGCAGCACCGGAUCGCCGAUCACGAUCAAGAUUUGAACGCUGCCGCUUUAGCUAGCCGGAGGCUGCUCAUUUUAUUGACAAAGAGCUUCGUGGAGACGGAAUGGGGCAAAGCCAACGUGCGCGCACUACUCCGAUCGACUUGGCAACCGGCAGCGGCAGCCGUGGGGGUCCGUUCGAGACGCGAUCGCGUCAUCAUUUUACUACCGGAACCGCAGAUCGUGCGUGAGAUUGACGCCGACCUGGACUUGCAUUUGCUGUUGAAGCACAGCCAAGUGGUCGAGUGGAAUGCUCGAUUCUGCUGGAGUCGACUCUUGUUAGCUCUGCCUCCGCCGAGAGGAGUUUUAGCCCCAGCCGAUUGCCAUCAGCCGGCCAUCAGUCAUCCGCAGCAGUCGACUAUGCCAUCGGCCUAUUCCGGCAUCAUGCCGUCGGCUGGCAAUGCGAACGGUGCUGGUCUUGGCUGCACGACGGCCACCAGCAACUACACCGCGGGUGCGACUGCUUCUGCCAGGCACCAUCACAAGCUCAUCCAUCAGCGACAGUUGCCCACUGUUCCGGAAACGAUCUGAUGAGUCAGUCCUCCCUUUUUUCUUUUCUUUUUUUGGGGUGGGUAGCUUGUUCCUCCUUUCUUAUUCAGCCAAUGAUGUAUCACGUUUCCUUAUACCCAGCUUUUUUUUUUUUCUAUCCAUUAUGAUAUACACUCAUCAUUUUUUUUUCUUUUAUAUUCUUCUUUCCGGAAGGAAUCCCCUUCGUAUAUUAGAGACUAUGUUGUGCUUGCCAACUCCUUAACGAUCUACCUAGCCGUUUUUUUGAUUUAACGAGCCCAAUCAUUGUUGCAAUUGAAACUGCUCUACGUAGCACCAUUUGAUGAUCUUAAAACAAAGGAAGAAGUGUGUAAGACAGGAUAUACCCAGAUUUAAAGCGAGCAAAGACGAAAUAAAAAUGUGUACAUUGUAAGAUA